AAUUCGUUACUUUCUUAGUAAGUGUGGGAGGUAAUGAGGUAACCCGCAACUCUUACUGCUUCAUUCUGCUGAUCUUCUCUCCAACAAUAACAUCACCUAGACACAGCUAAGAUGGCUGCCCUCUUGCUUCUAGUCUUCGGAUACAUGACCCUGAUUCGGGGCCAAGCAGUUCCUACCUACGAUCCUCAUUUCCCCCUCCCACUUCCCGUACAACGUACCUCUACUGUGACUGAAGAGACUACUGUAACUCAUACACUGAGGGAAACCACCACUUCAGACGUGUGGGUAACUGAUCAAACAGUUGUCACAUUCACUGUCACACAAGCAUCCACUGUAUGGGACUUCUUGCCUCAAGAGCCACGAACAGUAACCUCUGUCAUGAGGAUCACUUCCACACCGGUAGUGGUAGUGACCGCUACAGCAGUAACUAACCCAGUGAGAACAAUGGUGUCGGUCUUCAGUCAGUUCGUCACGGUUACAGACACUGUGAAAUACUUGCAAACAAUAACUCACGUUGCACUCUCGCACGAGAUUCAGACUGUUCCUGUCGUCAGUACACAAGAACUCCUACAAGAGAUAAUAACUACCGUUACGCAGAUUGUAACUACCACAGUUACUUCGACAACUGCUCGCUUCUAUAAUUAAAAUCUUGUUUGACCUGAUGGAUGAAUGCUUAAAUCACUCGCAAUUACUGUAAUUAAAUUAUUCAAAAUUC